AUGGGAAACCAUUUUCCAAUAGUUCAUCGUGGCAAAAUGCCCUUGGGUGAAGAUGGACAUGCCUGGAAAAAGAAAACAUCUGACAUCAAAGAGAUUUAUGACUUCAAAGAAGUUCUGGGGACAGGUGCGUUUUCUGAGGUAGUGCUCGCGGAAGAGAAGAGGACACAGAGACUGGUGGCCAUCAAGUGUAUACCGAAGAAAGCUCUGGAAGGAAAAGAGAACAGCAUCGAGAAUGAGAUUGCUGUUCUUCACAAGAUCAAACACGCCAACAUCGUCUCCCUGGAGGACAUCUAUGAAAGUAAAUCUCACCUCUACCUUGUCAUGCAGCUGGUGUCUGGUGGCGAGCUGUUCGACCGGAUUGUGGAAAAAGGAUUUUACACAGAGAAGGACGCCAGCAAACUCAUUCGCCAGAUACUGGACGCUGUGAAAUACCUGCAUGACAUGGGCAUCGUGCACAGGGACCUGAAGCCGGAAAACCUUCUGUACUACAGUAUGGAUGAAGACUCUAAGAUCAUGAUCAGCGACUUUGGCUUGUCUAAGAUCGAGGGUUCGGGCAGCGUGAUGUCCACGGCGUGCGGCACCCCUGGAUACGUUGCCCCUGAGGUUUUGGCUCAGAAACCCUAUAGCAAGGCAGUAGACUGCUGGUCCAUAGGAGUCAUUGCCUACAUCCUCUUAUGUGGCUAUCCACCAUUUUAUGAUGAAAACGAUUCCAAGCUGUUCGAGCAGAUUCUGAAGGCAGAGUAUGAGUUUGACUCGCCGUACUGGGAUGACAUUUCAGAUUCAGCCAAAGACUUCAUAGUGCAUUUAAUGGAGAAAGACCCCAGAUCGCGCUACACGUGUGAACAGGCCUUGCAGCAUCCAUGGAUUGCUGGUGACACUGCGUUGGAUAAGAACAUUCACGAAUCCGUCAGUGCCCAGAUCAGGAAGAAUUUCGCCAAAAGCAAGUGGAAGCAAGCAUUCAAUGCCACCGCAGUAGUGCGCCACAUGCGUAGGCUUCAGCUGGGAACCAGUCAGGAGGGACCCAGCCAGACCAGCCUUCCCAGCCCCUGCCAAGGCCACCUGCUGCUGCCCGAGGGGGACGAGGGGGAGAGCGCCUCCCAACAGGAUGGCAGCUGCUCAGAGAGGGCCAGUGAUGGGGCAGAACGCGACAGACUCCAGAACUGUACCUACCACUGCCAUCCAGCCAGCCGGGUCUGAGGGCAACCACGCCAACCAAUGACUGAUCCUGUUUUUCACUGGAGCCCAGCCAAAUCCCCAGUCUGGCCAGGAAUACAGAGUUAUUCCAGCAUCCUGCCACCAGGGAGCGCUGCAGUGUAAAGAAUCCAGGGUGGGGAAGAGGGACACUAUGCCAAAGGAGGA